AUGCAUAUUGAAAUAGCCCAAGCCGUAGAGUUUCUUGGUAGACUUUUACAAAGUAAAGUUGAUCAAGAGAUUGUGUCUCUCUUUAAAGAAAGACUAGUGGAGUUACUCAAGGUGCGCUUCAAAGACCAUUGGGAUCCACAACAACCUUACCGUGGUAACGGGUAUCGUGCUCUCUCUAACUUUAAUGGUCAGUUGGACCCUCUCUUGACGCAAGCUUCUAUUCAAGCAUCUGUUCAACCUACGACUAUUCAUCUUCAUUUACCUCGUGAUUUUGUCUUGUGGAUUGACCCCUUUUCAGUAUCGUACAGAGUAGGGGAUCACGGCAACAUCAUGACAUUGUUUGAAGAUCGCUCUCGUGGUCGAAUUAGUCUUAAGCUUGACUCUCAACCAACGACUAUUAUUGCACCAGCCAGUCCCAACAGUUCACCCUUGAUGCAAUACAUUACGCCAAGAACAUCCACUCCCAUUCGCAUUUCACCUCCUAACAGUCCUGAAGCCACUUUGCUUAAAAAUCAACAUCAUACAUCUUCUCCUUUGGCUAAAAAUCAUCAUAGUCCAGAGAAGCAAAAAGGUCUCGUCUUGGCAAAUUAA